AUGUUCCCAUGGCUCGCGCACGGCCACAUCACCCCGUACCUCGAGCUGGCCAGGCGCCUCACAUCCGUGGACCGCCGUGCCGCCGGCGAUAACAUUGACGUGACCGUGCACCUCGUCUCCACGCUCGUGAACAUGUCAGCGAUCGCGCGGCACCAGACUUCGCGGAUCCGCUUCGUGGAGCUCCACCUCCCGAUGCCACCGGACCUACCGCCCAAGCUGCACACCACCAAGCACCUCCCGGCCUGCCUCAUGCCGGCGCUCAAGUGCGCUGCCCGCGUCGGCCGCACGUUCCUGUUCCAGGGCGUCGGGCUCAGCAGCGCCGAGGAGGAGGCCAAGUACACGUCCAUGUUCGCUGUCUGUGACCACCCCGACGCCCUGGUCCCCGAGCGCGACCGCCUGCUGCUCAGCCUCGCGCGCUCCUCGUGCUUCGUGGCCAUCAAGACGUGCGUCGACAUCGAGCGACCCUACAUGGGCUACCUCUUCGAGCUCCUGGACAGCAAGGAGAUCGUCCCCGUCGGCCCGCUGCUCGUGGACGACUCCGUGGAGCGGUUCGGGGAGUUCCGGGCCGAGGACGUGGAGCGCGCGGUGCGCGGGGCCAUGCGCGGGGAGGAGAGCCGCGCGCUCAGGCGCCGCACCGCGGAGCUGCCAGAGGUGGUGGCGCGGAACGACACGGAUGGCGCGCAGGUCAACGCGCUCGUCCAGCGCAUGGCACGGCUCUGCGGCAAGGGACAGCAGCGAGUGCCCGGGCGGCGCCCACGGGUAGAGGAAGUCGAAGAGGAGGUCCGGGCGGAUUGUGAUUUGAUUGCCACUAUCAUCUACGACUACGUCAGCUUCUAA